AUGUCCUUCACAUUCAAAUGGCCCCGCUUUUCCGACCAGUUUCACGCCGAUGCGAUUCAGAUGCUGGACGCCGCCCUAAAUAAGGGCAACAAGCCUCCUGUCAUUGCGGACAGAAUCGAGGUGGUCGAGCUGGAGAUGGGGACUCAGCCUCCCGAACUGGAGAUUCGGGAUAUUGGCGAGCUUACGAUGGAUCAGUUCCGCGGAAUUUUUCGCCUGACAUACGAAGGGGAUGCCUACAUCGUUCUCAGGACAAAAGUGCAGGCCAACCCACUGAACCACAAGCAGCCGGAUAUUCAUAUGCUGAGUGGUUCACGGGGGAUGCUUGCCGCAAAACAACCGCUUGUUGUGCCUAUGUUACUUCGACUAUCACAUUUCAAGCUAGACUCUUAUGUCGUCUUGGUCGUCUCUCGGCAGAAAGGCAUCACACUAGUCUUCAAGACAGACCCUCUUCAGAAUGUGGACAUCAACAGCACGUUCGAUUCCAUAGCCGUCAUCCAAAAAUUUAUACAGGGGGAAAUCGAAGGGCAAUUGCGACAAAUGUUCCGAGAGGACCUUCCGGGGAUUAUCCACAGGCUCAGCCAACAGUGGGUCAAGGCGAAAGUCGAGGCUCCCUAC